AUGACUUUGCCACCGCCGACAGCAGAUGUUCCAAGUAUGGCCAAAUUCCCCGUCUACCCUUCUUUCACAGGUAACUCGUUAGAGUCCUUUCAGUACUCCCGGGAGGGCGAGUCGGUUGGGUAUUCAUAUCCGCCGUCUUACUCUCCCCUUCCUGGUCCCUUUCCAGAUCGCCGCAUUUCAUCUUCGCCCAGUAUUCUGACCCCUUCGCCAGGAGCCAGCGAUGGCCUGAGCCCCAGUCUUUCUAGCGUCAAUACCGGCAGUUCCCAAGGUUCUCAAGCAACAGGCAACAUGUAUCAGUAUGCACAACUUCACGGCGCAUGGCCUACACCAAGCAAUUCGUCGUACACCGUCAGCUCCGCGACCCAGGCGCAGCCAGCCCUUGGCCAACAGCACUUCGCUGGGCGAAACCACUCCAUUUACAGCCAAGGUCCCGGAAUGCAUCAAUAUAACCACCCACGAAGUUCUCAGUCGCCGGCUACUGGAGGUGAAGGACUCCCAGCACCCCCUUACGAUCAGGUGCAUCAGCCUUUUCAGACUUCGGUCUCGGGUGGAGGUGGCCAGACCACUCCACCAGGCCUCUCGACAUCUCAGCAGCCACAGGGUGCAAUUUUGACUUCGCAAAACGCGGUAGCAACGCAACCUCCUACUCCUUCGAGCGUGUCGGCACACGUCGAUUCAUAUACGCAUUCGAGGCCCCCCAGCACACCGAAUUACUAUACAUCAUCUGCACCUCAGCAGUCUAGCUUUCCACCAUAUGGCCACCAACCUUCGCCGACCCAGCAUUCCCCCUCUAAUGGCGGCCCUGUUCCCAGGGGCCUUGGAUCGAUCUCAGGCCAGCCGCAAGGUGCUGGCAUGGCACCCCCUGGCUCCUAUCGGCCAUACGCCUCUUACCAAACCCUUCCUACCAUGGGAGGACCAGCGGUCAUGUCCAAUAUUCACCAGCCUGGAAGCCAAAUGUCAAUGAUCUCAGGGAUGCCCGUACCUCCAUAUGGGCAUCCCAUGCUAUAUGGGGGCCAUGGCCAGCCUCCACCGACACAGUCAGAGCGGCCUUUCAAGUGCGACCAAUGCGUUCAGUCGUUCAGUCGAAACCACGAUCUCAAGAGACAUAAGCGAAUCCAUCUGGCAGUCAAACCAUUUCCUUGUACGUUUUGUAGUAAAAGCUUUUCCAGAAAGGAUGCUCUGAAGAGACAUCGGCUUGUCAAGGGCUGCGAAAACAAGGCCAACGAGGCCAACGGUGAUGGUAAUGGAGCAGAUCGCAGUGGGGAGGAGAACGAUAGCCCCGAUGUCAAGAGGGAACAGUAA